AUGACUUAUUAACCAACUGUUUAUGAAUAAUAGCUGAUAAGAGAUCAAGGCGAAGAUUUCAGAAUCAGGGUCAAAUCCGCCAUCAAGAAAUUCGACUCUAUAGCUAACUUUCUUAAAUUGUCUAUGAGAAACAUAAUCAAAGAAAUGGUUAAAGAAUUAUUGGCAGUUGAUGAUGAAACUCUAGUGAACAAUUUCUAUUUUGUAACAUACUAGCAUUUAUUCGAUAGAAAUAUUUCACAAGAUAUGAGGAUUAGCAUUUUAGAUUUAUGAUGCAAAGUUUAAAUUUCAUUUUUGAUUAAGAGACCCAUUUCGCCUUUAAUGAUGAUCUCAAUUAUAAAUACAUUGCUAUCAUAUACACAGAACAAAUUAGAAAUUACCUUAAGGAUCAGAACGAUAACGGUUUAAAAAGGUUAUGGAACAAAUUAAAUUUGCUCAAAUAACAAAAAGAAACCGAUGAAGUCGAAGAAGGAUUUUGGGAUGGAUUGGACACUGAAAAUUGCAGUUAACAAUCAAAGAAUAAAAAGUUUGGCAAAAGUGUAAAUCAAUUAUUCAAUAUCUAGAACUUAAAUGAAAAUGAAAAUGAAUUUUGCCAUACCAGAAAGGAAAUGCAAUUGAAGGACUUAUUAAUUUAAUCCUUGUAGACUAAAUUAUUCUAAAGAGAAUAGAAUCUAGUUUAAACAACACAAGGCUAUCUCAAGGAGUUAUAAUCUUUAAGAGAAUAAUUAUUUCGAAAGGAUUAUACUCUCAUAAGUCCCGACGAACCUUUUGAAGUCUCCUUUAUGGAUUUUACUGAAGUUCUGGAUGCAAACAUCAAAAAACUAUUCACAACUCACAUCAUAGAUCUUAAAUUCCAAUUUAACAACAGGAUUAUUGAUUACAUCAAAUUAAUGUAUUUUUGUUUCUCAUAAUAAGAUAGGCUCAAAGAGAAGAAAUAAAAAACUAUAAAUAGUAAAUCUAAAAACUCAAUCACCAAAUAAAUAAUAUUGAUGGUCCAUCUGAACUGUUAAAAAAGCUAUUCUUGAUUGAUAAUAAUCCAUAUAGAAUUUGGAAGUAUAUUGCAGAUUUAAAAGGCAAUCAAUUUUUCAAAGAAGUGUUUGAAUAAUAAAAGGCUGUGUAUGGUAUCAAUUAUCAAGAACUAAACAAACUAUUAAUGACAAACAAGGCAUUUGAAAGAGAGUAUUAAUUGUACAAGGAAUAAAUUUUAUCGGAAUAAUUGGUGUUUUUUGAAAGAGUUCAAUAAGAAAUUGAAGACAUCAAGAAAAAAUAUAUUAGGUUAGAAUAAGAGAAGCAAACAAUCGAAAAUCAAAGAGCAUAAGAAAAAUAGCAAUAUCUUACAUUAGCUGCCUAGUAUUAUGAUGAAAAGAUUAAACUAGAAAUAGAUAUUCUUAAUGAAUCCAAGAAACAAGAAAUAGAAGCCAUCAAAUUGUAAACUACUCAGAUUGAUAAAAUUAAAAUAAAAUUUGCAUUCAAGUUAUGGCUUGUAAUGAGUAAAGUCCAUAAAAAUGAGGAUUUAAUGAAGAUUUUAAAGGAAAAUGAAUAUUUUGAUGAAAAACUAAUAAGCUUAAAACUAUAAAAUUAAGAGCUAUCUCAAUUAUUAGAAAACGAAAAGAAAGCAAAUACUAAUCUAAUUGCCAAGUCCUCUCUCAUGGAAUUGGAUUUAGAAAAACAAAAGAAGGACUUAAGUCAUUAUAAAUGUAAUUUUAUCAGAAAAUUAAUAUAAUAGUUGUUUUUAAUGAUUGGCAGUAGCAAAAUUAAAUGUUGUAGGAAAAAUUACAACAGAAAGAAAAGGAGUAUUAACUGCUUAACUCGUUCUCUUAGAAAAUUCUCAGAUUAAUUGAUUCUAGAUUAGCUAAUGUAAAAUUCAUCAGAUAAUUAGUUAAAACCCUAAGACAUAAAUUUAGAUGAUAAAUCAAAGGAAGUAGUUAGAAGCAUUAUGAGCUCAAUAAAAUAGUUAAAUAUUAAAUCUUUGAGAUCCAUUGAAGAGAUAAAGUAAUAAGGCUAGUUGAACUUAGAAGUUUAUGUAUUAUGAAUUGUUAAUUUUAAGCAAACCUUAACAUAGGAACUGAAAAAGCACUAAGGUACAUAAACUGAAGGAAUGGUUCCUUAAUAAACAAAAGUAACAGAAUCGUCAGAUGAAUCAAAUAAAAAGUCUAAUCUAAUAUAGAAAUCAUAAAAUACUUAAGGGGAGGAACUGAAUCAAUAGCAAUAAUCAGAUGGAACUAUUUAGAAAAAUGAGUAGAAAAUUAAACCUAAAUUGAUUGUCAGUUAACUUCCUGAUAGUCAAGAAGAAAUAUAACGGUAAAAAGAGUUUGAAGAGUAAUCAACGAGAUUAUCUCCUUUAAAAGUACUGUAGAAUUUUGAUUAUAAAAAUGCUAUCCCUUAAAAAAAGUAAUCUCCAGAUAAAACAGGAACAAAAUUUUAAGAAUAUUAAGAAUAUUAAUCUGAUUAAGUAAUUUAACUAUUAGAAGUUAGUGAAUAGGUCGAGCAAGAAUAAAAUUAAAUUCAAAAAAAAAACAACUAAUUAAGAGUUGAAUAAUCAAAAUCAUAAAAUUAAAAUAGAUAAAACUGUUUUACAAGCUAGUAAUAGAAAAGGUAAGAUGAUUCAAAUCAACAAAAUGCAAUGUCAUCAACAAGAAAUAGCAGAUCAUUUAGGGUUAGAGCUAGUUCAUAAAAUAAUAAUUCUUUAAUCCCAGUUGUUCAUGAGAAGUUAUAUGCUGAUAGUUAAGAAAAAUAGGAAAGGAUAAAAAAUUUGAAGGAAAACCUAGAGCUACUAGAAAAAAACCAUUGGGAUAAGAUUUUAGAUUUAUUUAGUUAAUAGCCAUCUGGCAAUUACAUUUUGAGUAAAUGUAUUCCAUCCAAAGUCAAUGAGGCAUAAUUUUAGUUCCUUGAAACAUCUACGUAUUUCUCUUAAUAACAUAAAAAAUACUACAAAUAAACAAAAAGUAAAACUCCAAAUAAGGAAAAAUAUAAAUCAUGGAUUAUGAGAUAAACAGGAUGUAUAGAUAAAAUGUUUGACACUUUAAAUAGUAUAUCAAAGCCAAAUUCUAAUUCAGUAAAUCAAACUGAUUCUAUAAUCAAUUAGUCAACUUUAUUACCAAAUCACAUUUUUGCUUUUAAAAAGAAACCUUGA